ACACCACAUAACGACCCACAACACACUAGCAACCACAUAACAAAGCUCUGGAGACACCAACACCUUAGCAUUUGUGGUGGCGAGUUUUGCAUGGACGAGCAACACUAAAAUGCAGUUAAGACAAAAACAACCGCACAACUCUACACAUCUGCAUUUCUUUCAACAGAAUGGCAUAAACAGCAUGAGGUUUAUUCUCUUUAGGCGCUCUCUAGCAGUAAUUAGUUCACGGAGCUGAGCGUUUUCGAGCUUACUUUCAUCCCCGUUCACAUUCCUCUACAUAGCCCUUUCUUUUUCACCAGCGGUGAGUGUUUGGUGUUACGAAACAGCAGUGUGUCUGCGCUGGUCAUUUUGGCGCACUGUGUCUUUAAACUGUGGCGGCCCUGCGCCUGCAGCACAGGAAACCCCGUAGCGGUUUUCUGAGGGGACCCAAGAUGGCCGAAUCUUUACAGUGGGGCUAAUAAUUACUUUUCGUCAAGACGCUGCUAUUUCAUGGUGCUCGACGGUCGCGCUGGCCAUUCGCCGUCCCGGAAAGAGAAACGAGCGAGUGUAUUCGGUUAGUUACAUCGGGGAAUGUUUAUCUCUGUGUGAAGAGACUGGCUGGUCCAUCCGCGGCCCUUAGCCAGAAUAUGGCGGAAUACUUGAAGAAAAUAUAGCUUAGCUUAUUAUGAACGCGACGCUUUAUACACGAGCCUUCCCGCCUUUUCACCGACCGCUCGCAAGUAUAAUGAUCAAGUAGUGUUUUCGGUACGUCUUUGGAGUUCAUUCGCUUGCGUUUCGAACAUUUCUGUGUUAAAAUGACUCGCGCGAGGAGAUAGCCUGCUAGCUGAGGCGCUAGCUACGCUAACCCCGUUUGACUGAAUUAGUCGCAGCAUUAGCAUAGCCUAGCUUGCUUAAAGUAAAGCGGCACGGAAGAAAAUAAACAUUCUAAGUUCGUGCUCUGGCUUUCGUCGUUCCGUUUAUAAAAAGUUGAAAAUAUUGAGCAUGUUGUGGAGAGUCUCGGCUGCACACAGCAGCUAGCUAGCUGACCAUCGCUGAACUGGUCAGAAUACAUCUUCUGGACUGCAUAACUUUACUGUGAUAGACCCCACAACAACAUACUGCAUCAGCUUCGCGACAUCUUGCCGGUGAAUGCCAUACAUUUCAGCUUAAAGUUGAUAGCAGAUUCUGUUGCACCUUACAAGCCGACGAGGACGUUGAGAUUUAUUGAAUCAAGGGCAAAAGCCUGCUUGAGAGUUACUUGCAAGGAUGACUGACACUCGUAGACGAGUAAAAGUGUACACUCUGAACGAGGACCGCCAGUGGGAUGAUCGGGGGACGGGACAUGUGUCAUCCGCCUACGUGGAGAGGCUGAAAGGCAUGUCUCUCCUGGUGCGUGCCGAAAGUGAUGGGUCACUGCUGCUGGAGUCCAAAAUCAACCCUAACACCGCCUAUCAGAAACAGCAGGACACAUUAAUAGUAUGGUCCGAGGCUGAAAACUAUGACCUGGCCCUCAGCUUCCAGGAAAAGGCUGGUUGUGAUGAGAUCUGGGAGAAGAUAUGUCAGGUCCAGGGAAAGGACCCCUCUGUAGACAUCACCCAGGAGCUGAUAGAUGAGUCUGAAGAGGAGCGCUUUGAUGAUAUGUCCUCUCCUGGUCUCGAACUUCCGCCAUGUGAGCUCUCCCGGCUGGAGGAAGUGGCCGAGCUAGUGGCGUCAUCCUUACCCUCUCCGUUACGGCGGGAAAAACUGGCCCUGGCGCUGGAGAACGAGGGCUAUAUCCGCAAACUGCUGGAGCUGUUCCGAGUGUGCGAGGACUUGGAGAACCGAGAAGGCCUGCAUCACCUCUACGACAUCAUCAAAGGCAUUUUCCUCCUCAAUCGCACAGCGCUCUUCGAAGUCAUGUUCUCCGAAGAAUGCAUCAUGGAUGUGAUCGGAUGUCUGGAGUUCGAUCCUUCGCUACCCCAACCACGGCGGCAUCGAGAGUUCCUCACCACCACGGCACGGUUUAAAGAGGUCAUCCCCAUUUCAGACCCGGAGCUGCGGCAGAAGAUUCACCAGACGUACCGGGUGCAGUAUAUUCAGGACAUGGUGCUGCCCACCCCUUCUGUCUUUGAAGAAAACAUGCUCUCCACCCUGCACUCCUUCAUCUUCUUCAACAAAGUGGAGAUUGUUGGCAUGCUGCAGGAUGAUGAGAAGUUUUUGACUGAGCUCUUUGCACAGCUAACUGAUGAAGCCACAGAUGACGACAAACGGCACGAGCUGGUAAAUUUCCUGAAGGAGUUCUGUGCGUUCUCACAAACGUUACAACCACAGAACAGAGACGCAUUCUUCAAAACGCUGUCCAACAUGGGUAUCCUGCCAGCGCUGGAAGUUAUUCUUGGCAUGGAUGAUGUUCAGGUGCGUGGAGCAGCCACUGAUAUCUUCUCUUACUUGGUGGAGUACAACCCCUCAAUGGUGCGAGAGUUUGUUAUGCAGGAAUCUCAGCAGAAUGACGAUGACAUUCUGUUGAUAAAUCUGAUCAUUGAGCAUAUGAUCUGUGACACGGAUCCAGAGUUGGGUGGAGCCGUACAGCUAAUGGGGUUGCUCAGGACACUAGUGGACCCAGAGAACAUGCUGGCAACUGCUAAUAAAACCGAGAAGACAGAGUUCUUGAGUUUCUUCUAUAAGCAUUGCAUGCAUGUGCUGUCUGCUCCACUUCUUGCCAACACCACAGAAGAAAAACCCAGCAAAGAUGAUUUCCAGACGUGUCAGCUGCUGGCUUUGAUUGUAGAGCUGCUCACUUUCUGCGUGGAGCAUCACACAUAUCACAUAAAGAACUAUAUCAUCAACAAAGACAUCCUCCGCAGAGUACUGGUGCUCACUGCAUCUCAACACGCUUUCUUAGCCUUAUGUGCUUUGCGUUUCAUGAGAAAAAUCAUUGGGCUGAAGGACGAGUUUUAUAACAGAUACAUAAUGAGGAACUUCCUGUUUGAGCCAGUGGUCAAAGCUUUCCUCAACAAUGGAUCCAGAUACAACCUCAUCAACUCAGCCAUUAUAGAGAUGUUUGAGUAUGUCAGAGUGGAGGAUGUGAAGUCCCUGACGGCUCAUAUCAUAGAGAACUACUGGAAGGGCCUGGAGGAUGUAGACUAUGUUCAGACAUUUAAGGGACUUAAGCUUCGAUAUGAACAGCAGAGAGAAAGACAGGACAACCCUAAACUUGACAGUAUGCGGUCGAUUCUGAGAAAUCACCGUUUUCGCCGGGAUGCACGGACGCUGGAAGAUGAAGAGGAGAUGUGGUUUAACACAGAUGAGGAAGACUUGGAGGAUGGUGAAGCUGUAGUGCCACCUUCAGAUAAGAUGAAGAGUGACGAGGAUCUGAUGGAUCCUAUCAGCAAGUUCAUGGAGAGGAAGAAAUUGAAAGACUCAGAAGAGAAGGAGGUGCUUACAGGGAAGGCGAGCCUCUCAGGACGGCAGAGCCCCAGUUUUAAACUCUCCUUCUCCAGCUCCCCAAAGGCCAGUCUGUCCUCUCCCCCAACCGCAUCCCUCCACCCCGGUUCACCUGGUUCUCCAAGUUCUCCCGGGACAGGAGCCCGGAGCUCCCCUCCUACGGCAGCUGUCACCACUAAGGGAGGUCUGGUGGGGUUGGUGGACUACCCUGAUGAUGACGACGAAGAGGACGAGGAUGAGGAAGAUGCAGACAGUAAAGAAGAAAGUCCUCCGCUGUCUAAGAAGUCCAAGCUGAGCUCCUAAAGCACUCCCUCUUCAAUCAGCACAGUCAUGCUCAAAGGGAGCUUCAUCCAGAGACUAUUGCAGCGCUCAGCCUAGAACUCAAAACUGAAACAAAAUGAAUGAAUACACAAAUGAAUGGAUAAAUGAAUGAAUGCAGCCCCCCGCAGGAGUCCAAGGGGCGCCAUGUGAGGAACGGAGAAAGGGAGAGCAAGAGAGGGAGAAGAUACGGUCACAGAGCGAAAAGGUGAAUGUCUCCAAGUGGAGUUUGUCCAAGUGCCAAUCUGCAAGAAAGAGAGAGACUCGUGAAAUUGACAGAGAGAUCGAAGACGAGAUGAAACUGGUCUGGACAAAGAGUAAUAAAAAAGGAUUAAAUAAGACAUGAAUUUUGACAGCUAAAAGUACUGGGGGGUAAAAAAAAAAAGACCUCACACACAGUCAGUCAGUCAAACUGUUGCCCCACAGAGCGUCCCAGGCUUGGACCAGGACACACUGCCCCCCCUCUCAGGGAAGGACCUCACAUGACCCGAACUGGGCCAGCCAGUCCACAACCACCACUCACCUUUGCUGACUCCAUCUCCAUUUCUUUCUCUCAACCCUUUUUUUCUGUUGCUGUUUUUUUUCUUCUUUCUUUUGUUUUCGAGUUUCUAGAGCCAGACGGGACACUACGGAGCAAAAAGUCUGGGUCGUCAUUGUUUAAGAUGUCAACGUUGUUCUCGUGGCUCAGCGGAAGUUCUUCCUCUUUCAAAGCCAGCAGUUCCCUCCUUUUUCUUAUUCUGUUGUUCUCCUCUCUCAUUUUUUUAAAUGACAUAAGAGACCUGCCUUUAAAUGUUCAGGACGUUUUCAGCCGCACUUGAACAGGUUUUUAAAACCUCAGUGGGGGGAGAUAGUUUUACCCUUUUUUUGCCCUUCAAAACUGCAGAUUUUUUGGAAAAUUUGUAAGCCCGUCUUCAUUAAAGAUUGAGUGGAACUCGA